AUGUCGAAAGUGCAAGAUCGCCACCAAUUUCAUAAAUUCGAGAAGCCCUCUAUGAGAACUGGCAUCAAACUUUCCAAGAAGGACGUCGGUAUGGUACUGACUGUCCUAGCUUUCGGUUGCUACGUUAGACUGUGGAACCUAUCUUGGCCGUCGGCGGUUGUUUUUGAAGAAUCCAGUGUUGGUAGGUUCUAUAGCGACUAUCUGACGAAAACUUUUUCACUGGAUAUUAACCCGCCACUUGGAAAGCUUCUACUUGUACUAGGCACCUGUUCUUCCGGAUUCGAUGGCCGAUUUGAUUUUACAAACGUUGGAGGAUCUUAUGCCAGCUCCGACGUACCUUAUGUCCGUCUCCGAAUGAUCUGUGCCACUAUGGGAGCUCUUGCUAUUCCAAUGGCAUAUUUGACCCUUCGAUUGGCUGGGUACACAAGGGCGGCCUCAGUCACAGCCGCUCUUAUGAUAUGUUAUGAAAAUAGCAACAUUGCGAUCAGCCGUUUCAUCAAUCUGGACAGUAUGCUUUUAUGCUUCACGGCGCUUACUACAAUGACCUGGAUGCGCUUUGAAAAGCUACACAAUAGUCCUUUCACUGCUCAGUGGUGGUUAAAUCUGAUCAUGACUGGUCUGGGACUCGGGCUGACCAUCAGCACUAAAUGGGCUGGAAUUUUCACUCUUGGAUUCAUCAGCUUAAGGGCAUUAACCCAAAUCUGGGUGCUAAUUGGAAAUCGGCAAACUUCCAUCAUUUCUGUUGCCAAACAUGCCUUCUGUAGAUCCGUGUGCCUUCUCCUCUUUCCUGCUGUCGUAUAUUUGUCGAUUUUCUAUGUGCACGUCAGUCUAAUGACAAACACCAGUACUCAUGCCAGAACUCUGAUGUCUCGCCCAUUUCAACAUAACCUUUUCGGUGGAAAAUUCAAUGGCACAUAUGCUUUGGUAACAAACAAUACAGUGGUUCGUCUCCGGCAUCAAGCAACAAAUGGAGGAUUUCUCCAUAGUCAUAAUCAUCAAUAUCCUACCGGCAGCAAGCAACAACAAGUGACAUUAUACAGUCAUGGAGACGAUAACAACUUGUGGUAUAUUUCCAAGAAGGUUCAUCAGAGUAGCCACACCAAUCUUAUUCUGCCUGGUGAUAUAGUGCGAUUCAGACAUUUAAUGACUGGGAAGUGGCUGCAUUCUCAUGAUCUUCGACCUCCAGUCAGUAAUGGAGACCACUAUAAUGAAGCAAGCGCCUAUGCUGCAGAAGAUGACUGGUUUAAUGACUGGAAGGUUGAGGUCGUCGAUCACGAGAAAUCUGACCCAUCAUCCAAAACAACUCUUAAGGCAUUGCGUACGAGAAUUCGUCUUGUGCACGUCGGUACUAAAUGCUCAUUGAUGUCCAAGGACAUGAGACUUCCAAAAUGGGGAUUUGGUCAACAAGAGGUUACAUGCGUAAAAGGAAAAUCGAAGAAUACCGUAUGGUACAUAGAAAACUCCUGGCCAAACUUAGACACCCAGGAUGGCAACGAUGUAAUCAACUAUCCAGCUAUGAGCAUGUCUGAAAAAGUUCAGGAAGUACUUGCUGCAAUGUGGAGCUUAUAUAAAGGCCUCAAAGAUUCUCAGCCGUAUCUUUCUACGCCAAUCUCUUGGAUAACGUCGAGCCGCGGUAUACCGUUGUACCAGACUGGUGGCAUCCAAUUUUACGCAUUAGGUAACCCUGUGGUGUUUUAUAGUACAGCACUGGCCGUUGUAGCUAUAGCCAGUGGUUAUGGAUUGCGGCUACUCUUUGAAAAGCGAAAAAUUCAAUCUUCGCUGGUGACGCUCCCUACGCAUGUGGAUCAGACAAUUGGAUUUUUUUUCUACGGCUGGGCAUGUCACUUCUUACCUUAUAUACUAGUGGGCAAGCAACUCUUUUUGGCAUCCUACCUGAUUGCUUUGUACUUUGGCGUUCUUUUGGCGACCAGUCUACUGGAAGCUGGAGUUUUUCCGCUCAAUCUCCGAAAAAGAGUACUAGCAGUGAUUCUUGUGAAUGCGGUAGUCUACCAUUCUUACAGGACCUUUACUCCUAUCACAUAUGGUACACUUUGGACACACGAGUCGUGUGAAGCCUCAAAGUGGCAAAAGACUUGGGAUUACGAUUGUAGCAUGUGA